AUGGCGUGGUUACGGUUGCAGCCUCUCACCUCUGCCUUCCUCCAUUUUGGGCUGGUUACUUUUGUGCUCUUCCUGAAUGGUCUCCGUGCAGAGGCUAGUGGCUCAGGGGAUGUGCCCAGCACAGGGCAGAACAAUGAGUCCUGUUCAGGGUCAUCGGAGUGCAAGCAGGGUGUCAUCUUACCAAUCUGGUACCCGGAGAACCCUUCCCUUGGGGACAAGAUCGCCAGGGUCAUUGUCUAUUUUGUGGCCCUGAUAUACAUGUUCCUUGGAGUGUCCAUCAUUGCUGAUCGCUUCAUGGCAUCUAUUGAAGUCAUUACCUCUCAAGAAAGGGAGGUGACUAUCAAAAAGCCCAAUGGAGAGACCAGCACAACCACGAUUCGGGUCUGGAAUGAAACUGUCUCUAACCUGACCCUUAUGGCAUUGGGCUCCUCUGCUCCUGAGAUCCUCCUCUCUUUAAUUGAGGUAUGUGGUCAUGGGUUCAUUGCUGGUGAUCUGGGACCUUCAACCAUCGUAGGCAGUGCAGCCUUCAACAUGUUCAUCAUCAUUGGCAUCUGUGUCUAUGUGAUCCCUGAUGGAGAGACUCGAAAGAUCAAGCACCUACGAGUCUUCUUUGUUACUGCCGCUUGGAGCAUCUUUGCCUACAUCUGGCUCUAUAUGAUCCUGGCAGUCUUUUCUCCUGGUGUGGUCCAGGUUUGGGAAGGCCUCCUCACUCUCUUUUUCUUUCCAGUGUGUGUCCUUCUAGCCUGGGUGGCAGAUAGGCGAAUGCUCUUCUACAAAUACAUGCAUAAAAAGUACCGUACAGAUAAACACCGAGGAAUAAUCAUAGAGACAGAAGGUGAACACCCCAAGGGAAUUGAGAUGGAUGGCAAAAUGAUGAAUUCCCACUUUCUAGAUGGAAACCUGGUGGCCCUGGAAGGGAAGGAAGUUGAUGAGUCCCGUAGGGAGAUGAUCCGGAUUCUCAAGGAUCUGAAGCAAAAACACCCAGAGAAGGACUUAGAUCAGCUGGUGGAGAUGGCCAAUUACUAUGCCCUUUCCCACCAACAGAAGAGCCGCGCCUUCUACCGGAUCCAAGCCACUCGUAUGAUGACUGGUGCAGGUAAUAUCCUAAAGAAACAUGCAGCAGAACAAGCCAAGAAGACCUCCAGCAUGAGUGAGGUGCAUACCGAUGAGCCUGAGGACUUUGUCUCCAAGGUCUUCUUUGAUCCAUGUUCCUACCAGUGCCUGGAGAACUGUGGGGCUGUACUCCUGACAGUGGUAAGGAAAGGCGGGGACACGUCCAAGACCAUGUAUGUGGACUACAAAACAGAAGAUGGUUCUGCUAACGCAGGGGCUGACUAUGAGUUCACAGAGGGCACUGUCGUUCUGAAGCCAGGAGAGACCCAGAAGGAGUUCUCUGUUGGUAUCAUAGAUGAUGACAUCUUUGAGGAGGAUGAACACUUCUUUGUGAGGCUGAGCAAUGUACGCAUGGAGGAAGAUCAGCAGGAGGAGGGCAUGCCUCCAGCAAUAUUCAACAGUCUUCCCUUGCCUCGGGCUGUCCUAGCAUCCCCUUGUGUGGCCACAGUCACCAUCUUGGAUGAUGACCAUGCAGGCAUCUUCACUUUUGAAUGUGAUACUAUUCAUGUCAGUGAGAGUAUUGGUGUCAUGGAGGUCAAGGUUCUGCGGACAUCAGGUGCCCGGGGCACAGUCAUCGUCCCCUUUAGGACAGUAGAAGGGACAGCCAAGGGUGGUGGUGAGGACUUCGAAGACACAUAUGGGGAGUUGGAAUUCAAGAAUGAUGAAACUGUCAAAACAAUUCACAUCAAGGUAAUUGAUGAUGAGGCGUAUGAGAAAAACAAGAAUUACUUCAUUGAGAUGAUGGGCCCCCGCAUGGUGGAUAUGAGUUUUCAGAAAGCGCUCCUGUUGUCUCCAGAGGUGACAGACAGGAAGCUGACUGUGGAUGAAGAGGAGGCCAAGAGAAUAGCAGAGAUGGGAAAGCCAAUAUUGGGUGAACACCCCAAACUAGAGGUCAUCAUUGAAGAGUCUUAUGAGUUCAAGUGUACGGUGGACAAACUGAUUAAGAAGACAAAUCUAGCUUUGGUUGUGGGAACCCAUUCCUGGAGGGACCAGUUCAUGGAAGCCAUCACUGUCAGUGCAGCAGGGGACGAAGAUGAGGAUGAGUCAGGCGAAGAGAGACUGCCGUCCUGCUUUGACUAUGUCAUGCACUUCUUGACGGUCUUCUGGAAGGUGCUGUUUGCCUGUGUGCCUCCCACAGAGUACUGCCACGGCUGGGCCUGCUUUGUUGUCUCCAUCCUCAUCAUCGGCAUGCUCACCGCCAUAAUCGGGGACCUGGCCUCUCACUUUGGCUGCACCAUUGGCCUCAAGGAUUCCGUCACGGCUGUUGUUUUUGUGGCAUUUGGCACCUCUGUGCCAGAUACAUUUGCUAGCAAAGCAGCCGCCAUCCAGGACGUGUAUGCAGAUGCCUCCAUUGGCAACGUCACAGGCAGCAACGCAGUCAACGUCUUCCUGGGCAUUGGCCUGGCCUGGUCUGCGGCUGCCAUCUACUGGGCCCUGCAGGGACAGGAGUUCCACGUGUCAGCAGGCACACUGGCCUUCUCUGUUACCCUCUUCACCAUCUUUGCGUUUGUCUGCAUCAGCGUGCUCUUGUACCGGCGGCGGCCCCACCUGGGCGGGGAGCUGGGUGGCCCUCGCAGCUGCAAGCUGGCCACAACUUGGCUCUUUGUGAGCCUGUGGCUCCUCUAUAUACUCUUUGCCACGCUGGAGGCCUAUUGCUACAUCAAGGGGUUCUGA